CCUGAGGACAAUCUCGCGUAUGAGCCUCCUGGUGCUAACCUUUGCGCAUGUGGCCGAUCUCAGCGAUGCGAAAAAUUUGUUGAUCAAUCGAGAUAUUCCUGUUCUCAACCUUGAAGAUACAUACUUGGAGGAAAAAAUCUGGCGAUGGGAUGGAAAGAAAUGCCUACGGAUCAGAAGCGAUACCUGGUUCCGGACCUAUCUCGCGCUCGCAGCCGACAAACUUCCGAACUAGGGCCCGCGUGGGGAUAGAGUUGCAUCGCUGGACCAGGCAUAUUUUUCGUCAAACAUGGAGUCCCCUGCAGGAAUGGCGUCAGAAGGCGUCGGAUAGUGGAUCAUAUCGUUCCUAUCCCCGGGAAGGGCUUUGCUGAUGAACGUAUGCCGACAUAUUCGGCUGGCGAUCGAGUCAACCUGAGAUCCAGAACUCCCACGGCUUUUGGGCGCUCCUUCUGCGGAGAAGAAGGAGAUACAUUCAUGGUCAGUCUGCGUCUGGUCCAAAGAUGGGAGGAGGAAAAGACUCUGAGAACUGGAUAUCGUGGCAUGUACGAUGCUGCGUGGCAGGUGAUGCAUACGUCCGAAUGCGAUCACUUCCCUCUUAGCGACCCAGACGACGAUUUCACGCUCCCUUCCCGCACCUGCGCGACCGCCUUGCAAUUCCCAUUCGAAGCGACCUAUGCUCUCAGCACUGCGAGUAAAGUCGUCAUCCUACUCACUGCCGACAAUCCUGCCGCAAAAUGGGCGGCUCUGGCCAAGUUGCGCCAGGAUGAUCUGUUUCCGGAGGAGACUAUCAUUAUGGCACGAACCAGGACUUGCUGUUGUGUUUGCGCCAUCCAAAAGGCGCUCCUUCUUUCCCAGAAGUGCAUCCUCCUUCUUUGAAGACGAUGAAAAUAUCCCUUCCCUACUGGUAAGGGGUGGUCAGUCUCAACGAUUUUCUGCUGGGGAGCUGAUUGGAAGAGGUGGUUGACUUAAAUAACGCUCCAAUGAUCCUUAGCCUGAAGGGGCCACUGGAUCUUCCGGUUUGUGGUUCGCGAAAAGAUUCUGGAGAGUUGAAGUGGAGAUCGAGGUAGAAAAUGAUCGCGUCACACCACAAGAGAUACUUCGCACCUUAUACACUGUUAAAAGACGUUUAAAUGAUUAGAAUUAGGUAGUUUCGAGCCUAGGCUAACUCUAUGAUUGCUCUUCAAAUGGG